AUGGGUGCUACUCGCGCACAGAAGGAAUUAUACUUUAUCAAACUCAAGGAGCUGAUUGCCAAGUACUCUUCGAUCUUCGUGGUCAAUGUCGACAACGUCGGUUCCAACCAGAUGCACCAGAUCCGCGUCGCUCUCCGCGGUAAGGGUAUCGUCGUGAUGGGCAAGAACACCAUGGUCCGCCGCGCACUCCGCUCCAUCCUUAGCGAAUACCCCCAGUUUGAGCGGCUUCUCCCCCACGUCAAAGGCAACAUCGGUUUCGUCUUCACUUCUGGCGACCUCAAGGAUGUGCGUGACCUCAUCACCGCCAACAAGGUAGCCGCUCCCGCUCGUGCGGGCGCCCUUGCGCCCAAGGAUGUCAGCAUCCCUGCCGGAAACACCGGUAUGGAGCCGGGCAAGACGUCCUUCUUCCAGGCUCUCGGUAUCCCUACCAAGAUCGCGCGUGGCACGAUCGAAAUCGUGUCCGACGUUAAGGUCGUUACCGCUGGCACACGUGUCGGCCCGUCCGAGGCGAUGCUGCUGAACAUGCUGAACAUCUCGCCGUUCACGUACGGGAUGACGGUCAUCCAGAUCUUCGAUCAGGGCAACGUGUUCACGCCCGAUGUGCUCGACGUCACCGACAAGGAGCUCAUCGACCGCUUCCUCUCCGGCGUACAGACCAUCGCGGCAAUAUCGCUUGCGCUGCAUUAUCCCACCCUCGUGUCUGUCAUGCAUUCCCUGGUCAACUCGUACAAGAACCUCAUUGCUGUCUCCCUUGCCACGGAUUACACCUUCGAGGGCGCAGAGAAGGCGAAAGAGUACCUCGCUAAUCCCGACGCGUUCGCUGCUGCUGCCCCUGCGGCUGCCUCUGCGGAGGCUGCUCCCGCGGCGGAGGCGGCCCCUGCUAAGGAGGAGGAGAAGGAGGAAGAAUCUGACGAGGACAUGGGUUUCGGUCUCUUCGAUUAA